GCUCCAUUCACAGCUGGCCCAUCAUAUGUCACACCAUCGCACGGCUACGGACAUGCUUCUAUGUCUGUCAGGUGAGAUGUUUUAAUGAUGGAUUUAACCUUCAAUCCAUAUGAUGAACGUCCAUAUAAUUAUAGCAAGAAGAAAAAUACUCAUUAACUAGGGCUUAACCGGGAUCAGUUUUUUAUCCAGGUCCCGGAUAUUUUGAAAAAAUACCUGGUGGGUCCAGAUGUUACCAAAAACGAGUUAACUUCUCAAUUUAUAUAAUAUAUGCAGGCCUUUAAACAAGAGAGUCCUACAGACAGUCCUACGCCAUACCCAUGGCUCUUUAUUGAUUAAUAUAAUAGUCAUCUCCGAAAAAAUUCAAACUUCUCACCUGGGUUCAACUAUCACACAUGAUGCUCACUGCUGGACAGCUUUUUUUUGUCUUUUACUCAGUACUAUUAAUAUAAAACAUGUUGAGUAGGGGGAGAGCAGGCUGCUAUAAGGAAGCAGUCACACCAGAUGCAAAACAUAUCUAAGAGAUACUCUCCCCUUUCCUUUGCACUCAUUCAAACAUGCUUCCUUCCUAAAUGGAUAAACUACUAUUUUAAAAUAAAAAUAGCUUAUUUCAAGUCUCAUUUUCAUCAAAUUGGUUUUGUUUUACACCUUUCAAUGGCAAUUUGAUAAAAAUGGAUUCAGAUGAUGAAUUUGAUAGCAAUUUAGCUGUAGUUGGACAUAAUUCAUGGUAAUAAUGAUUCCUGUAUUUAAGUAAAAGAAUCAAAAAUCAAUAUCGUCAUAUUUUGAUAUAGUUAUUGAGUGUACAGUGAAGUAACUUUAUAUUUCACUGUAGCAGCGUAAAGUGACAUGUGGAUAGAAGGUUUGGUUUUUUAUGUGCUAUGUGCAUAUGGAGGUGACUGAUGAUUAUAGAGGUGACUGAUGAUUAUGGAGGUGACUGUGAGGAUUAUGGAGGUUACUGCUGAUUUUAAUUAGGAAUGUGUGAGAUUUUGAUUGAUUAGGGCAAUGAUGAUUAUGGAGGUGACUGAUGAUUUUGAUUGUGACUGUGAUAAUUAUGGAAGUGAAUGUGAUCAUGAUGGAGGUGACUGAUGAUGAUGGAAGUGACUUUGAUUAUUUUGGUUGUGACUGUGAUGAUUAUGGAGGUGACUGUGAUGAUUAUGGAGGUGACUGUGAUGAUUAUGGAGGUGACUGUGAUGAUUAUGGAGGUGACUGAUGAUUAUGGAGGUGACUGUGAUGAUUAUCAAGGUGACUGUGAUGAUUAUCAAGGUGACUGUGAUGAUUAUGGAGGUGACUGUGAUGAUUAUCAAGGUGACUGUGAUGAUUAUGGAGGUGACUGUGAUGAUUAUCAAGGUGACUGUGAUGAUUAUCAAGGUGACUGACGAGUAUGGAGGUGACUGUGAUGAUAAUGGAGGUGACAGUGAUGAUUAUGAUGUGAUGAUUAUGGAGGUGACUGUGAUGAUUAUGAAGGUGACUGUGAUGAUUAUGGAGGUGACUGUGAUGAUUAUCAAGGUGACUGUGAUGAUUAUCAAGGUGACUGAUGAUUAUGGAGGUGACUGUGAUGAUUAUGGAGGUGACUGUGAUGAUUAUGGAGGUGAAUGAUGAUUAUGGAGGUGACUGUGAUGAUUAUCAAGGUGACUGUGAUGAUUAUCAAGGCGACUUUCAUGCCCUAUUCUCAACUUGUAUAUUAUAGCAUUGGGGCAGCCAAAGCUAUUUUUAGAUAAUACACUGACCAAAGGUCACUUUGGGCUAUAAGCUUCGUAUUAACAAGAUAUUGAAUUGAAGGUCAGAGCUAAACAAAUCUAUUGUCAAACUUCAUCAGCCUGUUGAACUUGUGAAAUUUUAAAAUAAUAUUUUUUUUAAUAACCAAAUAAAACCUGGACAAAAAUCAUGUACACAGCAGUAAAAGCUAAAACCAGGUAUACAAUUUGAGGAGAUUGUAUCACUUGGCAAGUAUGUAUCAAAGUAAACAAUUAUUGAAGCACAUACUUCUAAUAUUAAUGGAUAUUAUUUAUUACUUUACAUUUCUUUUUUAGAAAUAAGUAUUUUGUCCUGUGCAAAUAUCCUAUUUAUGACUUGAAGGAAGCCUUGCAAAAAAGGUGAAAUUGUUGAUGCAGCAUCACUGUGACAUGAUUGCAUGUAAAAAAAAAAAGACAACUUGGUUCCAAAACGUCUGGUAUCCUGGCCCUCUCUCACUGAGCCCCUCUCAAUGGCCUCUCUUAAUGGCCUCUCUCAAUGGCCCCUCUCAAUGACCCCUCUCAAUGGCCUCUCUCAAUGGGCCCUCUCAAUGCCUCUCUUAAUGGGCCUCUCUCAAUGGCCUCUCUCAAUGGCCUCUCUCAAUGAGCCCCUCUCAGUGGCCUCUCUCAAUGACCCCUCUCAAUGGCACUGUCUGUAGGGAAUUUAGGGACUGAAAGCUGUGACUGGUUUCUUUGAAUGUUAUUUUUUUUAAAAUAGAAAAGACUUGAAGUGGAUGUUUUGUAUAUUAUCAAAUACAAAACUUGAUUUAUGAAUUAUAAUGGAGUGACUGACUUAACGAAGUUCAAAAAUUGAUCCAUCCAACUUCUUUCAAAUUAAAACUGAUAAAUCAUUGCAGGGACAGACAUUUUCAUCUGAGUCUGACAGAAGCUAGACCAGUGUCAUCCGUACAGUCUCAACUGGCCGAGCAGAAAGAGUGGCUGAAACAGCACCACAGUAAAGUGGAGAGUAAAGUCCCUUCCUAUCAUAACCCACAUGCCUGGGAGUCUAGCUCUCUGUAUCCUUUCUAUUUGUACAAUCAGCAUCAAUGGCUUCUGUGAUUUAAAAGAUCAAACACUUGCUUUCACUAUAGCAAAAACAUUUGAAUGAUUAUAGUAAGGUUUUGUUUUGCUGAAAAUUUACAUGCAGUUUUUUUAACAGUCGUGUUUGAUUUAUCUCCCGAAAUAAGCACAGGAGAGAAGACCAUAAAAUUUACAUGCAGUUUUUUUAACAGUCGUGUUUGAUUUAUCUCCCGAAAUAAGCACAGGAGAGAAGACCAUAAAAUUUACAUGCAGUUUUUUUAACAGUUGUGUUUGAUUUAUCUCCCGAAAUAAGCACAGGAGAGAAGACCAUAAAAUUUACAUGCAGUUUUUUUAACAGUCGUGUUUGAUUAAUCUCUCGAAAUAAGCACAGGAGAGAAGACCAUAAAAUUUACAUGCAGUUUUUUUAACAGUAGUGUUUGAUUUAUCUCUUGAAAUAAACACAGGAGAGAAGACCAUAAAAUUUACUGUGAAAUAAAAUCAAUCUAUUAUUUACAAACUUAACAAAUGAAUAAUUUUUUGUGUCACAAUAUUCGACACAAUUUCAUUGAGGGUAGGAGAUAAAUGAAAGUUUAAUAAAAAACAUUGCUCAUAUUGGACAUUUAAAUUCCAUAACUGUCAACUACAGACACAGCACAGGUGCUGUAUCCGAUGCACGUAGGGAGGUUCCCGUUUUAUCCACACCACCACGAUAUCCUUCAAAGAUCCGGCUUGAGCUGGAUGACCAGGAUGAAAUACGAGUUCGACAGUAUUAGACUAACACGACUUCUGGAAGCAAUGUUUCAAGAAAUAGAAACCAGGGCCAGAAAACUGUAAAAAGAAAUGAAGUCUGGUUCAGCUUUAACAGGACAAACAACGAAUAUAUUGACAAUGAUGAGCGCUGGGAACAGGUAGCAAAGGAAAAAGAAAUCCCAUUUGUCGAGAAAUCAAGAAAAUCACCUCUAAAGAGGAAUGUAACUUGAGUUUAGGACACAGGAGAAAUUGUUGUAGACUUGACAGUCAAAACAACUUGAAAUCAUGGAUUGUUUUGAUGUCCCUGCUUGUUUUUGAACUGAGUGAAGAGGAAUCCAUUGAUAUUAUUCUAUGUCUCAUGAAAACAAUUUUUUUACCAGAUUUAUUUAAAAAUGAAGCCAUUUUUUAAGAGUUGUGUCCU